CUCCUCUCUGCUGAUCUGAGAUCUACGGUUAGCAGCCGGCGGGAGCGAUGGGCAUCUGGGGGUCGCAUCUGUACUCUGUGGAGCCGGAGAAGCUGGAGGAGUUGAUUCAGAACUCCCUGAGGCCCUAUGGAGAAUGUCAGAAACAGAUCGAUGACACGGUGAACGCCGUCUGUGCCUUCCUAGAGGACACCAGGCAGAUCCCCCAAGUGAUAUGUGUGGCUAAAGGUGGUUCCUAUGGCAGGAAAACGGUGUUGAGGGGCAACUCCGAUGGUACGAUUGUCAUCUUUGUGAGUGACCUUGAGCAGUUUCAGGAUCAGAAAAAAAGCCAAGAUGAAAUCCUCAGCAAGAUCUGGCAGGGGCUGAAAACCUGUCAGCUCACAACGAAGCUGGAGGCCAGAAUGGAGAUCCAGAAGCUCCAUGGUAGGCUCAUCUUCCAGCUGUCCACAAAAUGGCAGAGCAUCACUUUUAAGGUGCUCCCUGCUUACAACGCUCUGGGCUUAAGUGAGAAGCCCAGCCCCCAGAUCUACCGAGAGCUCAAAAGAGCCCUGGAUAUGACAAAAGCCCUCCCCGGCGAAUUCUCCUUCUGCUUCACAGAACUCCAGCAGAAGUUUUUUCACAACCGUCCCAGAAAACUGACAGAUUUGAUCCUCUUGGUAAAGUACUGGUACCAACAGUGCCAGGCGAAGCUGAAAGAGUCACCCCCGCUGCCCAUGUAUGUUCUGGAGUUGCUGACAGUCUACGCCUGGGAACAGGGGUGCGGAGCAGAAAACUUUGACAUCGUGGAAGGCCUCAGAACCGUCCUGGGGCUAAUCAAACAGCAGGAGCAGCUGUGUGUCUACUGGAUUGUCAACUACAACUUUGAGAAUGACACGGUCCGGAACAUUCUGCUGAGCCAGCUCCGGUCAUCAAGGCCGGUCAUCUUGGACCCAGCCGACCCGACCAACAACGUGGGCAAAGAUAAGGCGUGCUGGCAAAUGCUGCAACAGGAAGCUCACAUCUGGUUGUCGUGUCUCAGCCCGAACGAGCCACCUGGGCCGUCGUGGAAUGUUCUGCCAGCACCACUGUAUGCGACACCGGGCCACCUUCUGGAUAAGUUCAUCAAGGACUUUCUCCAGCCCGACAGAAAUUUCCUGGACCAGAUUGCGACAGCUGUUGACAUCAUCUGUAGAUUCCUUCAAAAAAAUUGCUUUCCACAUUCAGCUACAAGAGUUCAGAAAACUGUCAAGGGAGGGUCGACCGGCAAAGGCACAGCUCUGAAGACGGGCUCCGAUGCCGACCUCGUGGUGUUCCCAGACUCGCUUAAAAGCUACACCUCCCAAAAAAGUGAGAGGUGCAGGAUCAUCAAGGAAAUCCGUAAACAGCUAGAAGCCUGUCAGCAGGAGAAAAAGCUCGAAGUGAAGUUUGAGAUUUCAAAAUGGAAGGCUCCCAGGGUGCUGAGCUUCUCUCUAAAAUCCAGAGUGCUCAACGAAAGGGUUGACUUUGAUGUGCUGCCUGCAUUUAAUGCGUUAGGUCAGCUGAACUCCGGCUCUAUACCCAGCCCCAAGGUCUACGCGGAGCUCAUUGACCUGUAUAAAUCCUCAGACGCCGAGGGGGGAGAAUUUUCCACCUGUUUCACGGAGCUGCAGUGCAACUUCGUGGCCUUCCGACCCACCAAGCUGAAGGGUUUAAUUCGUCUGGUGAAGCAUUGGUACAAACAGUGUGAAAGGAAACUGAAGCAAAAGGGGUCUCUGCCCCCGAAGUACGCCUUGGAGCUGCUCACCAUCUACGCCUGGGAGCACGGGAGCGGGGCAGAGAAUUUCGACACCGCCGAGGGAUUCCGGACGGUCCUGGAAUUGGUCACAAAAUACCAGCAGCUCUGUGUCUUCUGGACAGUCAAUUACAACUUUGAGGAUGAGACCGUGAGGAACUUCCUACUGACCCAGAUCCAGAGAACCAGGCCCGUGAUCUUGGACCCGGCUGACCCCACUGGUGACGUAGGUGGAGGGGACCGAUGGUGUUGGCAUCUUCUGGCAAAAGAAGCUACUGAAUGGCUGUCCUCUUUCUGCUUCAAAGAUGGGACUGGAUAUCCUGUACGAUCGUGGAAAGUGCCAACAGUGCAGACUCCAGGAAGUUGUGGAUGUUCUCACUCAGAAGUCCUAGGAUCCUGGAAUGCUAAUGCUAGAAGAAACUUCUAGAGGUCAUCUGGCAGCUGCUUUUCAAAGAACCAGUUCGCUGCGUAGAAUCGCAAUCCUUGGCAAUCUCCACCACUCCGUCUCUCGCUUCUUCGGCUCCUCUUGAAAUCAAGACCACUCAGUCCUUCAUAGCGUCACCCUGCUGAACUCUUGCUCUGUAAGUGACCCACCUUAACAAAAAUACCUGCUCUCAUCCAGCUUCGUGGGCGCCAUAUUUCUCUCAGCCAUUGUGUUUCAUGGGCACCAUAUUUCUGUCAACCGUUAUAUGUUUUCCAAGUCGCUCCUUCCUUUUCUUUCAGGCCUUAGCACAGGGAUCUCUCCGUGUUCCCAAAAGGAAGCCCUUCACCGGCCGCUCGGUUCCUAUAAUUCCAUGACCGUGCUCUCACGCUCCUCCCCAUUGCCCGCCUCUUGUCUGUUUCCCUCCACCCCUGCUGCACCUGCUGAAUUGAAGGUCUCCCCAGCCAGUAGUGAGCCAAUGUCUUCUCUGGCCCUUUAAACCCUCCAAAGGCUUGGAUUAUAACUGUUGCGUUACAUAUAUAAUACAUAUAUAUAAUAUAAUAAUGCGUUACAUGUAUAAUAUAAUACAUGUUGUCUUUUCCUUCUGAGCCUACAUUUCCCCCCAUCCAUGAGUGCCUUCUUGCCAAAUCUAAAGGCUUUAUGCUCUGGCUUUAGCUUCAGAGAUACUUGAAUGUCUAAGCGUUUUAACCUCAUCCAUCCACUUAAAGUUUUAUUACUACCACAUAUAGUAACUGUCACAUAAUAAGGAAUGUAUCUAGUCUUUGUCCCCAGAUCCUGGCACAGAGCUUCAGAACCCCUUGGAAUUAUCUGAUAGGAGAGUCUUUUCCAUUCAUAAGGAGCCCCUUCCAACCAUCCCUGAGUUUAUGCUAACUAGGUUUGGGCCCUUAGGUAACAGCUUCAUGGGAAGGACUGGCCAUGCCCCAGAAAUGCCAGGCGUGUGAUUAGAGGGUUGCAACCCCCAGCCGCGUCCCCCCCCCAACCUCCCAAGAGGAGAGGGGGCUGGAGAUUGAGUUCAAGCACAUGGCGAACGAUUUAAUUAAUCGUGGCUCUGUAAUGAAACUUCCAGUCCAGACUCUGGACAACAAGGCUUGGAAAGCUUCCUGGUUGGUGAACAUAUCAGGGUGUGGUGAAGACGGUGCAUCCUGACUCCGUGGGGAAGGGAGUUUCUGCACUGGGGACCCUUCCAGCCCUCACUUCCUGUGGCUGUCCGUCUGUAUCCUUUAUAAUAAGAUGGUGAUUUAAGUCUGGCGUUCCCCCUGAGUCCUGUGAGUCAUUCUAGCAGGUUAUUGAACCUACAGGGGGUCAUGGGAAAGCCCUGAAUUUGUGGCCAAGUCCGACAGGAGCGCGAGUAGUCUGAGGCCGCCUCUUGCAGCUGGCAUCUGAGGAGGGGGCGGUCUUGCCGGGACCUGGCCCUCUACCCCAUGGGGUCUGCACCAGCUCCAGGUAACGUCAGAGUUGGACCGACCCGCAGGACGGUCAUGCCAGUGAGCCGGUGUCGGGAUAUACCACCGUUCUUGUCCCAGGACAAGGGCAAAGGAACGAGCGAUGACCGAGGUUGAAGAAAGAACGACCGCUGAGUUCCCAUCUACGCAGUCUACAGCUAGUUACCAGACCCUUCUAGACGCCCGAACUUGCACUGGAGACAUAGACAGGAGACCAUAAGACCCUGCUGCAUUCCUCACAGAGCUUAUGACGUAGUUAGAGGUACAUCUCGUAAAUCCCUCAAAUAAAGAUGAAGAACUAUUGACAACCUCGGGCUAAGCGGUCAGCAUGGAGCGGAUUAAGGCCUGUAGCCAUAAGGCAAGCGACUCGCAGAGUCCCAAAGGAAGGAACCACCCUGGUCCUUUUCUGCCAAUGUCUUCUCAGCAUUCAGCAGACAUUUAAGUUCAUUAAGAGCAAAGAGAGCAUUCAUUCGUCACCAUCAAGAAACCGACGGCCAUGGGUCAGCACUGGGAGGAACGAGGGCACCAAGUCUUUUUUCAGAAAUUGGCAACUAACGGGGGCGCCUGGGUGGCUCAGUCGGUGAAGCGUCCGACUUCGGCUCAGGUCACGAUCUCGCGGUUCGUGAGUUCGAGCCCCGCGUCAGGGGUUCCAGGCUCGGAGCCUGGAACCUGCUUCCGGUUCUGUGUCUCCCUCUCUCUCUGCCCCUCCCCCGCUCGUGCUCUGUCUCUCUGUCUCUCUCUCUCUUAAAAAAUAAACAUUAAAAGUUUAAAAAAAAAACAAGUGAAAGGGAAAUGAGCCAAGAACAUAGCAAGAAUCCAGUUAGGCACAGUGCAAGGUCAAGAUCCCAGGCCCGUCAUCCGCUCUCAGUUUCCCUGGCAACGAGGCCCCCCACAUACCCCAAAGGAAGUAAGCGAUGUUGACAAGCAGGGAAAAUGGCCAAAGGCCCAGGAAGUGUUUGGGAAGAGUGUGAAAGGCAGACCACAAGUCAGGCCACCAAUGGGGAGAAUUUGCAGAUGAAAGGACUGUCUGGGGCCUUGUCUGCCGGAGGGUUUCAGCUGCUCUGAACCAAGGCUUCUCCGGCUAAGCUUGGUCGGGUCGGAGUAGGUAAAACUUAUCACUCUCGUUCUGUUUCUUGAUAUCAGUGCCCGCGGUGAAUCUCAUACAAGGAGAAGAUGAAGAAAACUUACUCUCUGUCUUUGCUGGGGCUGCCCUGGGGGAGCUGGCCUAGAUCCACCCAGAGUGGGGUGUAGACCCGUGAGAGCUAGCCUGGGUCCGCCCAGAGUGGGGUGUAGACCGGGAGAGAAGCCCUGGGAGCAGAAUAGGAGGACUCCAGUAACCCAACCCGGCACGCGUGCCUCGGAGGGAGUUCCUCAGAGAUGUGCUGGAUCCGAGGCCUCUCUCUUCCCUUUCCCUUCGCUGUGGGACCGGGAUGGGGCUUCCAAGGGAGAACCUCUGGUGUUCUGAGGGACAAGGUUCCAGCUGCCAGAGCAGGGAGUCAUGGCCAGGAGGAGGGGAAGGGCUCAGUUGUUGUGAGAGCGUAUGCGGGCUGGGGGUGGCGGGGUCAGGCAAGGGGACCCUUCCCCAAGGCCUGGCCACGGCGAUGGCCAGAAUAAUGGGAGAGCCAGCAGGGGCCACUGUGAGCUCUGACAGAGGGAAGAGCAGACCCCACCCAAACCACGGGAGGCCUGGGAAAGCCAGCAUGCAUGUGGCAGGCAGAACACGAGCCCCCCCAAGAUGUCCGCACCCUCCUUCCUGGAGCCUGUGAAUACAUAACCUGGCCUGCCAAAAGGGCCCCCGCAGAUGUGACUGAGUAAAGGUCUUGAGAGGAGGAGAGGUUUCUGGGUGCUCAGGUGGGCCCAGUCUCAUCACGGGAGCCCCUACAAGCAGAGCCUUGAGGGGCCCAUAGUGUCUGACUCUUGAUUUCCGUUCAGGUCAUGAUCUCACGGUUCACGGGUUCGAGCCUCGGGUCAGGCUUGCACUGAGAGCACGGAGCCUGCUUGGGAUUCUCUCUCUCCCUGCCCUUCCCCUGCCCAUUCUCUCUCUCUCCAAAUCAAAAGAUAAAAGGCAGAGCACCUUUCCCACCCAAGUUGGAGCGAUUCGGCUAAAGCAGCAGCAGCAGGACAGGAGUGACUGUGGCCGGUUUGGAGAUGCAGAAUCCUGAGUCAGCGAAGGCGGAUGGCCUCUAGAUGCCGC